AUGGUCGACUUCGCAGACAUCUCAGAGGAUGCUCUCAGAACAUACAACAACUCAAAGCACGUUGACGCUUCUGCCGUGUGGUUGCAGUUCGCCGUUAUGACCUCGGUGUCCCUCAUCGUCGUACUCCUAUUCUCCCUUCUCCGACCGCGCAACAAGGUUGUUUAUGCCCCCAAAGCUAAACAGUCUCUCGACGCUGUCAAACACCUCCCAAAACUCAAUGACAGCUUGUUUAGCUGGGUGAAGCCCAUGUUCUCCAUGAAGGAAUCUCAAUUGGUUGACAAGAUUGGUCUCGAUGCAGUCACCUUUAUUAGAUUCCUGCGCUUGCUCUGCGAAGUAUUCGGCUGUAUCGUUGUUAUCUGUUGCGGCGCGCUGAUCCCUAUCAAUACCGUCUACAAUUAUAAAUACAUCGAUGAAGCUGAUAGAACUUGGCUAGACGCUACCACUAUCAUCGCAGUUAGUGGUCGUGUACUCUGGGCUCACUGCGCUGCUGCUUACUUUAUUGUUGCUGUCGUUCUCUGGAGAAUCUGGGUACAUACACGCGAAAUGGUUACUUUGCGUAAGGAGUGGUUUAGAUCUGAAGAGUACCAAACAAGCCUCUAUGCCAGAACCCUCCUCAUUCAAAAUCUACCGAAGAAACUCAUGUCUGAUCGCGGUCUCCUCUCUAUUCUCAAGAGUGACCCUAAUGCUCUCAACUCCAGGAAAAAUAAACGCUCGAUUGAAGUUCCGUAUGAAUUCAGCUCUACGCAUGUUUCAAGAAGGGUUGGGAAAUUACCUACAUUUAUAGAAAAACACAACAAUGCCGUCAAGAAACUCGAGCAGACUCUCACUACAUACUUUAAGAAAGGCACCAUUGCGAACAGACCACGUCCUCUUCAUAGAGUUGGUGGUUUUCUUUGUUUCGGUGGAAAACAGGUUGAUGCUAUCACGUACUACACUGAUAAAAUAAAGCGUUACGAAACUCAAAUUGAAGCUACAAGAGAUAACCACGAAUUCAAAAAAGCUGAAAACUUUGGCUUUGCUUCGCUGGUCUCCAUUCCAGCUGCACACGUUGUCGCUCAGAAGUGCAGAAACAAACACCCAAACGGCACAAACAUUGAACUCGCACCUAAUCCAAGAGAUAUUAUAUGGAGCAAUCUUACCAACCCUCCAUCAGGGAUUACCAAGAUGUGGGGAUGGCUCUUUUUGGCUUUCGUUUGCUUCCUCAACACUAUCCCACUCGUUUUCAUAUCCUUCCUCGCAAACAUAUCUGCAACAGCUGUUUACUUUGAGGGCUUGAGAGAUUGGCAGAGUAAGUCACCAUGGACGUUCUCAGUUAUGGCUGGUAUUUUACCGCCUAUAGUGGCCGGUAUUUUCGCAUACUACUUACCAAUCAUUAUUAGAAAGUUGACGCAGUAUAAGGGUGCAGCAACAGAAUCUAGAUUAGACAGAGCUGUUAUAGCACGCUUAUUUGCUUUCUUGAUCAUCUCUCAAUUGUUCAUCUUCACUCUGAUCGGUGUUGCAUUCCGUCUUAUCAGCAGUAUUGUGUCACAUGCGCACGACCAGAACAGCCUUUCGGAGAUAACGGCGACUUUAAAGUCACUUCCUUCAGAUAUAGAGAGCGCCUAUGUCAGUCAGGCGUCAUUCUGGCUCAAGUGGUUCCCAAUGAGAGGUUUUUUGGUAUUCUUCGAUCUCGCUCAACUCACCAAUCUCAUCUUUAUCUUUAUCCGUACGCAUGUGUUUGGUAGAACACCGAGAGAUAUCAAAGAAUGGACUAGUCCACCUCCAUUCGAAUAUGCAGUUUACUACGCCUCAAUGCUUUUCAUGGCUAGUGUUGCAAUGAUUUAUGCUCCAAUUGCACCUCUUGUCGCUGCAGCUGCGUUUAUUAUAUUCCUGAUUAGCGCAUUUGUUCAAAAAUAUCAACUAAUGUACGUUUUCGUGACGGGGGUUGAAACAGGCGGAAGAAUAUGGAAUGUCAUUAUGAACAGAAUGCUCUUCUCGCUAAUAGCGAUGCAACUCAUUGUUCUUCUAUCGCUUGGCCUCAAGAUGGGUUGGGGUUAUGGAAAGUGGGCAGCGGCGAUCCCACCAAUUAUUGCCGUUAUCGUAUUCAAGUACAUGCUCAACAGGAAGUUCUCAAAGCAGUUCUAUUACUACUUACCAGGCAGUGUAGAGGCGGCGACGAGCAAAGUGCACAACCAGAACGCGGACGUGAAUAGAGGGAGACUUGCGAAACGAUUUGGUCAUGCAGCCCUUCAUGCUGAUCUGUUUACUAUACAAGUUCACGAUAAACAUGUUCAUCUUCUUGAACAAGUGCUACCAGAGUUCACGCACAAAUCGAACAACUUCAAGGAGGAGAUCGUAUCGGAUGGACUUAAAUUCGAGGCUGUUACAGAGGAACAGCUGGAGGAGCUGCCGAUUAGAGAUCGCGGAGAGAUGGAUUGGGAUUUCAGAUCACUUAAUUCGGCAGUUGCUGGAAACAACAUUGAUAGAACGGGUGCGGGUACACCUGGGAGUAUGUAUAGUUACUAUCAGUCGACAGGACCGACUUUAGCAUUUAAUAAAGGUGGAAUGCCUUCAAUUUUAGAAUCUAAGGACACAUUGGCUGAGCAAGCACAUAAUAAUGACUUUGGCAUUUCGACUGGAUCGCUGCACAAGGUAGAUGAAAGUUAUGAAAGACCGCUACUGGAUAGCAUGAGGAAUAAUCAAGGGGUUUAUUCGCCUGUGAACUUGAACGAUGAAGAAGACGAAGCGACGCCAACGGUGAAUACAUUCAGCAGACCAAUAAACGCCUUUGACAGACCAAUGCCACAGCGGAUGGAUAGCUUUGAGUCAGAAUUGAGUGAGGCGUCGGUCAAUUCGGCAACUGACUCGCGUACGCACUUAACAGUAGUGAAUGAAUCCCCUGCACCUGCAUACAGUGAAUAUCCACCAAGGCAUUAA